GAUUACAGAGUUUUAUGGCAGCAGAUCAAUUGUGGUAGACGUGGUAGGGUGCGUGAUGUCAGAGGCUCAUCAGUAAAGAAAGCGCCCUAGGCUCUGAAGUUUAUCUAAGUGGCCGUAGUUAUUACAAAACAAUUAUAAAACAAAGAACAAAUAUGUUGGAUUUUGCAAUCUUUGCGGUCACAUUUGUUGUUAUCCUGGUCGGCGCAGUUUUGUAUCUGUAUCCGUCAAGCAGACGAGCCUCUGGGAUCCCAGGACUGAACCCUACAGAGGAGAAGGAUGGGAAUCUGCAGGACAUCGUGAGCAGAGGCAGCCUGCACGACUUCCUGGUCGGUCUGCACGACCGGUUCGGCCCGGCGGCCUCGUUCUGGUUCGGCCGCCGCCCCGUCGUCAGCCUCGGGUCCGUCGAUCUGCUGCGGCAGCACGUGAACCCCAACCGCACCACGGACUCCUUUGAGACCAUGCUGAAGUCGUUGCUGGGUUACCAGUCAGGGUUGAGUGGGGACGCGACCGAGGCUUUGAUGAGGAAGAAGGUGUACCAGGGCGCCAUCGACCGCUCACUGGAACACGGCUUUCCCGCGCUGCUGAAGCUGGUGGAGGAGCUGACGCAGAAGUGGCUGUCCUUUCCCCCCUCCCAGCACACCCCUCUCUGCGCGCACCUGCUGGGGUUGGCCAUGAAGGCUGUCACUCAGCUCUCCAUGGGCAACCGUUUCCUUGACGACAUCGAGGUCCUCCGCUUCCGCAAGAACCACGAAGUGAUCUGGUCAGAGAUUGGCAGGGGUUAUUUGGAUGGGUCUCUGGAGAAGAGCUCCACCCGUAAGAAACGCUAUGAGGAGGCUCUUUCUGAGAUGGAGUCUGUGCUGAAGUCGGUGGUGAGAGAGAGAAAGGGCGAGAGCUCCAGCCAAUCUGCAUUCAUGGACUCCCUGCUGAUGGCCAACCUCACAGAGAGACAGGUUAUGGAGGACAGUAUGGUGUUCACCUUAGCGGGAUGCGUCAUCACUGCCAACCUGUGCAUCUGGGCAGUGUAUUUCCUGUCGACGUCGGAGGAAGUGCAGGAGAAGCUGCACAGUGAGCUGCAGACCGUCCUGGGGGAGGAGCCUAUUUCUCUGGACAAGAUCCCCCAGCUCACGUACUGCCGGCAGGUCCUGAACGAGACCGUGCGCACGGCCAAACUGACGCCCGUCGCGGCGCGAAUGCAGGAGGUGGAGGGGAAGGUUGGCCAGCAUGUCAUUCCCAAAGAGACCCUAGUGAUCUACGCCUUGGGCGUGGUCCUACAGGACGCGGACACCUGGCCACUGCCCUACAGGUUCGACCCCGAUCGGUUUGAGGACGAAGCAGCCAAACGGAGCUUCGCUCUCCUCGGUUUCUCAGGGAACCAGGCCUGCCCCGAGCUUAGGUUUGCCUACACGGUGACUACCAUCCUCCUCAGCUCCUUGGUGCGCAAGCUAAAGUUCCAUCAGAUAAAGAGCCAGGUGAUAGAGGCCAGGUAUGAACUGGUGUCCACCCCUAAAGAUGAUACCUGGAUCACUGUGAGCAGGAGGAGUUAAUUCAAUAGCUGUCCCAGAUUUCAUAGAGAGGAAGAGAGCAUGUAUCCUGACAUGCAUUUGUCAAUUUAUUCAAGCUUCCACUAUCUACAACCCACAUGAUCAAAUUUUUCAUUGAUGACACGCACCGAUUUCAGGACAAGAACAGUAUUAGUCUGGCUACUACAUUUCAAUCACAUUUAUCUGAGCUCUCAUUUGAACAAUAACUUUAAUUAAACCUUAAUUUGAAGUGAAAGUCUUACUCCUCCUGGGACGUGGGUGCCUUUCGUGGUGUAAGCCUUCAUUGUCAUGGAAACGGACCCCUUCAGCACCAUUUCAGCCGACCUUAGCCUCGGUGCUCGGACAAACACGGUGUGAAAGCACCGGAUCUUAAACAUCUCCCACCUUACACUUUUGACACGAUGGGAAUUACAUUUUUUUUUGUAAAUAAAAUUACCUUGAACACUU